GAAUGCAGCCAUUCACGCCUGGAAAGGAUACCGUGAGCGAGCGUGGGGCAAAGAUGAGAUGAAACCUGUGUCAGGUGCACCUGGAAGGGUGUGGGGCAAUACCGGCCUCCAGAUCUUGGAUGCUCUAUCCACGCUUUGGAUCAUGGACCUCAAGGAACAGUUCGACGAGGCAGCUGACUGGGUGUCGCAGAGUUUGAAGUUUGACCACCCUGCUCCGGUGUCCUUCUUCGAAAUUACGAUUCGAGCCUUAGGUGGGCUUCUCUCUGCUCAUGCUCUGUCGGGCCGCCCGAUUUUUCUGCAGAAGGCCCGGGAGCUUGGCGACAAGCUGCUGAAGGCCUUUAAUGGGCAGACAGGUUUCCCCUUCACGCAGCUGAACUUGAGGACAGGCGAAGGGAAGAAAGGCUGGUACUCCGGCGUUGUCCUUGCGGAGGCCGGUACCGUGCAGCUCGAGUUCCGGUACCUGUCGCAACAGAGCAACGACCCGAAGUAUGCGGCCGCAGGCGAUCGGGCGAUGCGGCAGAUCUUGCAGGCCGAGAACGGCCAGGGCUUGGUUCCUUGGGGUUUGGCGAGUUCCGGCCCGCCACGCUUCACGAACAGCCACAUCACAUUCGGAGCCAUGGGCGACUCUUACUACGAGUACUUGCUGAAAAUGUACCUGCAGACCGACCGCUCCGAGCCGGAGUGGAUCAACGCCUGGAGACGAGCCAUGGACAAGAUGAUGUCUCGGCUGAUCUUUACCUCGAAAGGCGGCCUUACCUACAUCGCGGAGGAGAAGAACAGCAGAACUGACCACAAGAUGGACCACCUGGCUUGCUUCGUAGGCGGGAUGCUGAUCUACGGUUCCCGUCAGAUCAACCCAGAGGACGUGGAUUCGAGGUGGGAGCAAACUGCAGCUGGAAUCACAGAGACUUGCUACGAGAUGUAUCACCGGCAGCCGUCCCAUUUGGCUCCGGAGGCAUCCCGGUUCAACCCCCAGGGGGUGCGGGGCCAGGACAUGAGUGUUUGGAACAAUGCUGGGCAGUACUUGCUUCGUCCAGAGGCUGCCGAGGCAAUUUUCUACAUGUUCUACUACACUGGCGAUCCGAAAUACCGGCGCUGGGCAGGCGAAAUCAUGGAGGCUAUCGAGAAGAACUGUCGCACUACACACGGCUACAGUGCAGUGACCGACGUGCGGCGGAGCCCGGUGACCCUGCGUAACGAGAUGGAGACCUUCUUUUUGGCAGAAACCCUGAAGUAUCUCUACCUCACUUUCGUUCCUAAUCCGCGCACGGUUUUGAACCUCGAUGACUUCGUUAUCACGACCGAAGCUCAUCCCUUGAGAAUAGCCAAGGUUGGGAAGGCCAACCGGCAGCAGAGAUUUCUAGGCAAGUGA